AUGGCGGAGGGGACAGACCAAGAAACUCGAUGCUUGACAGAAGCUUAUCCUUCUGCUUCCCCCCCGCUAAACAUCUCGGCAGGAGGAAGGCCGGCACUAAGAGGGAUGCCAGUCAACCCACAUAGAGUAGCAGUCAUCUCGUAUUGGUACCCCUCGUCUCGAGAGACGGCUGCACCACGAAAUCCGCCAGGCCGACUUGACGACCGCGCGCCGAAACUUUUCAACGACAUCCGGCAACAUCAUACCCAGCCAGAGCGCAGACUCACCUGCAUAACUUGCAUAACUCUGCACUAUGAUGCUGUGGAGACUGCCCCAAGUUAA